AUGAAUUGCACUUGGCAUUUUAACCAUUAAGUUUCGUUAAUAUGUAUAGCUUCUCACCAGUGUUAAUAGAGGAAGUUGUGUAUUGAAUGCCUUUAUAACCAUGGAGUGGAUCUAAAACAAACAGUUCCUAUUGAUAAAUUUGAAGAAACUCUUGUCAAGAAAAAAAAAGAAUCAAAGUUAGAUGAGUAGUCUAAAUUAUUAGAUUAAAGAAAAUCCAUACUUUCAAAAAUUGAGACUAUAAUAAAAGAAAUUUAGGAAGGAUUAGCAAAAACUAUAAAAUAGAUAUACGAUAUGAUUGAACUUGAAAAUCAAAAAUACAUAAAUCUUUUAUACGGAAAUCUAAAUCUAGCACAAUCCUCUAAUACUGAAUUAGAAAAUUUAGUAUAAAUUUUUCACAACAAAUUAGAUUUAAGGAGUGCUGAGAAAAACUAGUAUAUAGCAAAAUUAGAUAAUUUGGAGAAUUAGUUGAAUUUAGUAGCCGAAGCUUUUAAUGAAAAGAUAAAAAAAGAAAUGAAUUAAUUCAAUUUAAUUGAUUUUUUUUCAAAAAUGUUUGAAGAAGUGGAAUCAUUCAUCAAUUCAAAAACCAAUGAAUAAGUUUAACAUACUUAAUAACCUUUAAUAUAAUCAUUUAAAUACGAAAUAAUAAAAGAUAAGUCAAUUAAGGAAGAAAAAAGAUGUCGUGUAUUUACAGUUAGUAAAGAUGGCUCAAUUGUAGCAAUUGGUUGUAAUAAACAUAUAAAAUUAUAUUAAUUCAAUUAAGGAAUAAUGAAAUAAACUCAUAUCUUAAAAGCACAUAAAAAUAAUGUAAAUACUUUAAAUUUCAUUUAAAAAUCAAAUUAGUUGAUAUCUGGAGAUGAUGCUGGAUCUAUUGUAAUUUGGUAGAGCAAUAACAAUAGUUAAUGGAAUCCCUUAGAAACAAUAAAAAUACAUAAUGAUUAUAUUUCUUGUUUAAUUUUGGAUAACUGGGAAAAUUUUUUUGUAUCUUGUAGUUAUGAUACAACUAUUAAAUUUUGGAUUAAACAAAAUCAAUGGAUCUGUUAAUAAACUAUUCCUGAUCAUACUAGUAAGGUUUAUUAAAUAAGUAUAAAUGAUUAACAAGAUAAAGUUAUUUCUUGUGGAAAGGAUAAUGAAAUAUUUGUAAUAGAGUACUCUUAAUAAAGUAAAAUAUGGAUGUUAAUAUAAAAAAUAAAAGUUGAUUGUUAUGGUAAGAGAUUAUGCUUUAUCAACAACAAUCUAUUCACAUUUCAACCUUGCAAUAGCAAUUUGAUGCACGUAUAUGAAAUGAAUAAAGUAAGUAGAGAGUUCGCUAAAACACAAAAUAUUACUAUAAAUUAAGGUAAAGAUAAUUUCUCAUUUUUUCCAUAAUAAUUUAUUAAAUAAAAAUAGAUUCUAGUGAAUAAGCAUAGUAAGUAUGUCUAUUUUUUAAGAAAGACAGAAAAAGAUGGAUUUAAAGUUGAGCAGUCUAUUCCAUUUAAAACAGAUGAGCUAUUUGGGUAAUUGAGUGAUGAUGGAGAGUAUUUUAUUUCUUGGGAUAUUUCAUCUAAAGUAAUAUAAAUUAGAAAAUAUAUGGAAGAAUGA